AUGGGGAGCGUUCGGGCGGCAGCAGAGCAGGUUCGAGGAGCCAUGGUUGGGAUCGAUAGAGCUGCUUCUCGUCAGGUUCAAAGUCUAGCUUACGAAGCAGUAUUGUUUCGACCGAGACAUGGAACGACAUGCUGGGCGUGCGCGGGACCUGCUUUUCGAUUCCGGAAAGGUAUAAUAAGGUCUGGCGGGGUCGCCUUGGGUCUGAUGAAUCGGCGUUCUGUCUCGACUACUGCUACUACCUCGUCGUCCUUUUCGGUACCCCAUACACUUACGAAUACGGGUCAUCAUACGCAUCCUCACUCACGGCCUUGUUUUGUGCUUACCCGCGUAGCAGCACCACGACCACAGCCACAACAGUCCCAGAAACGAUACCUUCGACUUGCACCUGGUCCAGGACAGAAAUCGGACAGACCCAAAAUGGCACCACCUUUCAAUGAUCUGAAAUACUAUACUGCCGCGACACCGAACGGUCUCAAGCCGGCCAUUCUUUUGGAGGAACUCGGAUUGAAGUAUGAGACCAAGAGUAUCGAUUUCAGGAGCAAUGAACAAAAAGAGCCGUGGUUCAUCGAGAUCAACCCGAACGGAAGGAUCCCCGCCCUCAAGGAUGGCGAAAUGAGGGUCUUUGAGUCGGGCGCCAUCAUGUUGUACCUGACAGACAUGUACGACAAGGGUAAACAAUUCACGUAUGAGUUGGGUACUGAGGAUUACUAUGAGAUGAUGUCUUGGUUGAUGUUCCAAAUGGGUGGUAUCGGUCCUAUGAUGGGCCAAGCGAACCACUUCCGCGCGAUGGCGCCAGUGUACUCGGCCUACGGCAUCAAGAGAUACAUCGACGAGACCAAACGUUUAUUUUCGGUCCUGGAAAUCCGACUGUCCAAGGCGGACUGGUUGGCCGGCGACAAGUACACCAUCGCCGACAUGGCCAACUUCUCCUGGGUCAGGGGAGGUCCGAUGUUUCUGGACAUCGACAUGACCGAGUAUCCCGGCGUGGACAAGUGGAUGAAGAGGAUCUCCGAGAGACCGGCCGUGGACAAGGCGAAAAAGGUCGGUGCGGCCCUCUCCGAGGACCAGCUCAAGGAGAUGAUCACCGGCAUGAAGGCCAAGAUGGAUGCAAAGAAAGGUACGGCCGAAGAGGAAGGAUCGUCCAAGGUUUAGACUUAGAGGCGUGUUUCGCUGUGAGUCAGCCUUUCAUUUUUCUAGAGCGUGAGAGAGUUUGGAAAAAGAGUGGCUCAUACAAUGGUUACCUAGAUCUAGAUGACUCACGAGGAACACUUUUGACUUCUACAUCCUGUAGUGUCAAUAACUGCAUAGACAGCUCACCUAAUCAAGGCAUCUCUUUC